CUCAGUAUGCUCCAUUAGACGGCCUCUGACGCUGGAACCGACACGCAAAAGAGGACUGAUUCGUUGUGAUCUUGAUCUUUAAAAACGACAACUCAUCCGGUCGUAGGCUGUAUGGCAACCAUGUGAGUAGUAGUAGUAGUAGUAGGGACAUGAACCUGUGUUGUUCUGGUUCCGCACGGAUGGCACAGACGUCCGCUUCCUCAAACGCAAUGGUCGCACAACUAAAAUGCAACAAGUGAACUAGGACACCUUUGAAAAGACUGACUGACAUAACAUAACCUGCAGAUGCAGGGUAACGUCGACGCUACUGGAGCAGGAGCAGGAGUCUUGGAUGAUAACAUGGCAGAAGGAGAUCUGGGGGACGGUAUGGACAUACGUCUGGCGGCCCUCGACAUCCAGACCAACGGGCCCCAGCAGCCUGUGACCCCCCACGGAACGGAGCUCCACCGAGACAGCACAGUGAGCGACACGGGCUUCUCUCUGACAUCGUACGGCAUGCCGAAUACGUCGUUGAAAACAGGAUCAGGGUCCCUGGUGGACCUUUCAAAAGAAGAGCUAAGAGAGCGACUGCAGGAGGCAACUGAGACGCUGGAGGUUCUACGCUGUGAGCUGGAGGUGACACACCGCUACCUGGAGGGGAAAUACGAGGCAUUGAAGAUCCUACAAGGAAAGACGAUCCUGGAGAAAGCCACCAGCCACACCAAGAGCCUGCUGCAGAAGAGUGAGGAGCGGGCCAGGGCCCUGGAAAAGGAGGUGAAUGGCUUACAGUGGGAGAUAACGUCCAAUCAAGUGCAGAUGAAGAAAUGUGAACAGUCAUGGGAGCAGAAGUUCAACAGAAUGAACAGUGAAAACCAGGCACUGACCAGUAGUCUGGAGGAAAGGCUGAAGGAGAGCCGAGAGCUGAAGGCUGAAAACACAGGGUUGAGUCAACAGUGCAUGGAGCUUCUCUCCAUGCUGAGCGUUAGAGAGCAGAAGGCCUACGAAAGCACCAAGCCUCCGUGUGGCCAUGGGAGAGAUGGCACCCUCCUUGAGUUGGCGGUGCUUGGGGCCUGCCGCUGUCCCGGGGUCAUGGAGUCCUGUCCUUGUGCCAAGACCGCUGCUGCUAGCAGGACACAACUCCUGCAGCUCAGACAGGAGCUGGACCUCCUGGUGAGGAGCAGGGAGGAGGCCCUCCUGAUGGCGGAUGCUUUCCGCAUCGCUUUUGAACAGCAGCUGAGGAAGCGGAGCGACUGCCUCCUGCUUCAGGCCGAGGCGCGCACGCCCAAGGCCCACCCUAGGGAGACACAGGGUGGUAACAGAACUCUGGUUGGUGUGGCUCAAAGACUAAGAGCCAUUCUUCCCUCGGGCCUGGAAGCCAAAGCAUCACUUGAACACACCGAUACCCUGCAAAAACUCCUGGACUUGCUGAAUGACAAGGAGGAGGCUCUUGCUCACCAGAGGAAGGUGAGCCACAUGCUGGCCCACAACGCGAAAGAGCUGCAGAAACAGUUACCUGUUGAAGCUACGUGGCCAUUAGACUCUCAGACCGAACCAUUGUAACUCUACCCCCCAGUCCUUGAGGAAGUCACAAUUCAAGACAAGCUCACUGCUAAGUCCAUCAGGUUCAAAGAAUAAGCGAUACCAGUUACAUAACUCUACUGUUCCUCCAAAGGGAACGCAAGACACUCCGAACCCAAAAGAGGUGUCAUUAGACGGUGCAGCCCACUAAGAUCCCGACCGGAGAACCCCCAGCCAGAAAGACUCCCAAAGGAGAACCCCCAGAGACAAAGACCCCCACAGGAGAACCAGCUAACACAAAGACCCCCAGAGGAGAACCACCAGACCCAAAGACCCCCACAGGGGAACCAUCAUACCCAACGACCCCCACAGGAGAACCACCAGACACACUCCGCCAGACCAGCCACCAGAGCCCGAAGAGCCACUAGAUUCCAAGAACCUGCCAGAUGAACUAGCAGGAACCAAUACCCUUUUAAUGCAACCACCAGACAUUGAGGGACCACCAGAUGCCAACACUCAGUUUCCAGAAUCAAGGGAAACCAGCAGCCACAAGAUCUACCUGACACCAAGACCCUGAGGACUAUUAGAUGUGAAAACCCAUCCACAAGAACCACCACACACACCAAGAGCCAUCCAUAGGGUCCACCAGACACCAACACCCAUCCAUAGGGUCCACCAGACACCAAUAUACCCAUCCAUAGGGUCCACCAGACACCAACACCCAUCCAUAGGGUCCACCAGACACCAACACCCAUCCAUAGGGUCCACCAGACACCAAUAUACCCAUCCAUAGGGUCCACCAGACACCAAUAUACCCAUCCAUGGGGUCCACCAGACACCAAUAUACCCAUCCAUGGGGUCCACCAGACACCAAUAUACCCAUCCAUGGGGUCCACCAGACACCAAUACCCAUUCAUAGGGUCCAGCAGAUUUGAAAUACCUGUCCUUGGUAACUACCAGAUGCCAGGACCUAGCCACCAGGACCACAAGAUACCCUACACCAACACAAACAAUCAUGGCACAAACCAGACCAAAAAUCUUAGGCCAUAGGAAGGAUAUUUGGUAAUUCAAUAAUAAUAAUAAAGGCAUUGAUCAUUCAAUGGCUUGUUUUCAUUUUUAACCCUUAUAUAACCGGUGCCCAUUGAGACCAGGGUUUUUUGUUGUUUUGUUAUAGUGCUCUGGGAACAGCGUAGCAAUCCGUUUUGCCAUGGUUACAAUACGUCAAUUCUAAAUAUCUGUAUCUCUGUACUGUAUCUUCCAUUAGUCUCUGGACGACAUCGGGAGCUUAUCAGGGUGACACUUUGAGAAGGGUUAACAGUCGUCUUUUUAAAUUAAACUAAUUGUUACUAAUAUAAUGUAAAUGUUAUUACUUUAGCAUGAAUACUAAUCUCUUGUUAUUCACGAUUUUAAUAUUUAUUGGGGAUCUGAUUUGAUGAUUGCGGAGUUGUUAUAACUUUAUUUAUGCGAUUCUUAAGAUAGAAGUGUAAGAGUUAAAUUGAGGUUAAAUGUAUUCAUCGUCUUAAUCAAAUAUUUGCAUUGAGUAAAGUCAACAGCACUGAAACAAUAAAAGACAUCCUGUAAAACAGGAUUUGGUGCUUCUGA